UUGCGAUUUACGUCAACAGCGAGAACCUCCUUCCAUGAAAGCGGAGUAAUCCCUGUAACCUUUUACGGAAAUGACGUAGAUAACGUGCGCAGCGACAAAGACAGCGAGCCCGAAACCUAUGGGGAAGGAAUAAAAAAGAAAUUCAGUAUCGUCGCACUCUGUACCUAAAGACCAUCAUUUUCUGAAGAGGUCGCUGCCCCGGAGCUUCGGUGAAGACACCGAAAUUUGACGGCAACGAGGGCGGAUUUUGAAUCCGUUGAAUUCGUUGAGGAAGACUGUGGCAAUUGGCCGAUUUUCCGUUGGACGGUCUGUAGGCUAGGGUAUAGCGAGGGAGCCGCCAUGGCAGUCGGAUCAUUGAGCCUCCACAUCGGGAUAUGAAGAGGAACUGCAUGUGUCCCGAAUAGUCAAGAAAACGCCGCAUUUAACUUUGAUCCGCAUUGGAUCAGCUCUCUUAAUAUCUGAUCUCACCCUCCUUCAUCUUUGUGAAAUUGCUUCUGUAUCCAGAAAGAAAUCGCAAUUGGGUUUAAUCGGGGGGCCACAGGGAGAGGCCAGAUUCAUGACUAUUUUAGUCGGAGACGUGUCUUCAAAGGCCCGCUGAAAGAAAACCUGGAAUAUAAGGAAGCAAUGCUGCUCUGAUUGACCGUUGGUGUGCAAGAAAGGGUAGUUUAUUAGGUGAUAGAAGCUAGAGUGAAGGAUAAAGGGAUCGCUUUCUGCUUAUCCUCCCUGUGAAUUAUAGUGGUAUUCAUUUACUGUCAUCCUUUUUGGAUGAGAAGUUCCGGCGAAUCGAUCAGCCCUGCCGUUUAGCAAGUCACAGUCUCCCGAGUCGAGAGAGAAUCAAAGGGAUUGGAUCAUGUCGGGUCGGCCCAGGACCACAUCCUUCGCGGAGAGCUGCAAACCAGUGCCGCAGCCCUCGGCUUUCGGCAGCAUGAAAGUCAGCAGGGAUAAAGAUGGAGGCAAGGUAACAACAGUCGUGGCCACCCCAGGCCAAGGCCCCGACCGGCCACAGGAGGUGAGCUACACGGACACUAAGGUCAUCGGCAACGGCUCUUUCGGCGUUGUCUACCAGGCUAAACUCUGCGACUCCGGAGAGAUGGUGGCCAUCAAGAAGGUCCUGCAGGACAAGCGGUUUAAGAACCGUGAGCUGCAGAUCAUGAGGAAGUUGGACCACUGCAACAUAGUCCGCCUGCGCUACUUCUUCUACUCCAGUGGAGACAAGAAAGAUGAAGUGUACCUGAAUUUGGUUCUGGAUUACGUUCCUGAGACUGUCUACAGAGUGGCCAGACACUACAGCCGAGCCAAACAGACUCUGCCCAUGGUUUAUGUCAAGUUAUACAUGUACCAGCUGUUCAGGAGCCUGGCCUACAUCCAUUCGUUUGGGAUCUGUCAUCGGGACAUCAAGCCCCAGAAUCUGCUCCUGGAUCCGGAGACUGCCGUGCUCAAGCUCUGCGACUUUGGCAGUGCUAAGCAGCUAGUCCGCGGAGAGCCCAAUGUGUCUUACAUCUGCUCUCGCUACUAUCGAGCCCCGGAGCUCAUCUUUGGUGCCACUGACUACACUUCCAGCAUAGAUGUGUGGUCAGCCGGCUGCGUGCUGGCAGAGCUGUUGCUAGGACAACCAAUAUUCCCUGGUGACAGUGGAGUGGAUCAGUUGGUUGAGAUUAUAAAGGUUCUCGGGACUCCAACCCGAGAGCAGAUCCGCGAGAUGAACCCCAACUACACUGAGUUCAAAUUUCCCCAGAUUAAGGCACAUCCUUGGACUAAGGUGAGUCAACAGGUGUUCCGGCCGCGUACACCUCCAGAGGCCAUCGCCCUGUGCUCUCGCCUGCUGGAGUACACGCCCACGGCCCGCCUCACCCCUCUAGAGGCCUGCGCGCACUCCUUCUUUGACGAGCUGCGCGACCCCAACGUCAAACUGCCCAAUGGGAGAGAGAAGCCCUCCCUCUUCAAUUUCACCACCCAGGAGUUAUCCAGUAAUCCCUCUUUGGCCUCCAUACUCAUCCCUGCUCACGCCCGCAGCCAGGCCGCUGCCUCUACCCCAACUAACACCUCUGCCACUACAGAUGGCAGCAGCACAGAGCGAGGUCCCAGCACCACCGCCGCCUCUGCCUCGGCCUGCAACUCCACCUCCUGAGCCCACAGACGACCCGCCCCCCCCCGAUCUCAGCCCCGACCCACGGCCUCUCCAUUGCCCCGGGCAGGGGGUGAGGUGAGCUCUGCUCAGCUCAGCUCUGCCCUGCUCUCCUCCCUGACAGCAGCGGAGCGAUGCUGAAGCAGCCCGGGUUCAACAGCUAGCCAACAGCCCCAUGCCAUGACCACAAACCACGCAUCCCUAGUCUGCCUCUUUUAUCCCUGACUGGCCCCCCUCAUCCAGCUGUUUGAACUCUACUCCAUCCUCCGUCAAAGGCAUCUCUCCGUGCCCUUUCAACGGGGGAAGGAAAGCGCAGGGCCAGAGGUGUUGUCGACUGUACUAUGGAUAAAAGUACACUGUAAAUGUAUACACAAUGCUAGCCUGCUAAUGUUUGUAAGAGGACAAUCUGUAGAAAAAGUCCUAAGCUGUCCCCCCUUGAGCCCUCUCCCUAUCUGGCCUUCCUCCUUUGUCCUCCACCACAUUGUCCCAUUUUUCUGCAUCCUCAUCCUUUGACCUCUGACCCCAUGUGUCCCCUGGUUGAUCCCCCUCCCCCUUUGGUUUCUCCUGUAGUGCAUGGCCUGAGUAUGGUUAGGAUCACCCGGGGGUCACCCCGCCCUCUCCCUUCUCACCUCCACUUCCGCAGACAAGGCAUGAGGCUCGCGCACGGGUAUACACACGUACACACAUGUACACACUCAUAAACUCACACACACAUGGGUGCAUGAUGAUCCUGAUGUAUGUGGAAAGAAGCAGUCCACUUGCAGGGGUAACGUUUGGACAGGUUUUUUUUUUUUUUUUUUUUUUUUUUUUUUUUUUGCCCGGGGUUGUUUUUAAAUGGUCAGAAAAGUUGUUUUACUCGACCUUGUUUAUAAUUUUUGUUUUGUACUCCUGGGCAGAUGUUUUUUGGAUUGCCAUGUGCGAUGGAUGUGACAUGUAUCUGGUCCUGUGUGCUUGUAUAAUAUAUAUAUAUACAUACAAAACAAACAUGCAUACAUACAUACACAGUUUAUAUAUUACUUUUCCUUAUGUAUAAAAAGUAUAUAUAGAUAUAUGUAUAUUAACUACAAUGGUUCAGAAAUCAUUUAUGGUGAGCUCAUAUCUGGCAGAGCAGUGGCAAUAUUUGCUGCUGCCUAAAGACAAUAGAUAUAGAUAAGGUGGUGUUUUUGUUUUCUUUGCUGGAGUGUUGUUAGAUUCCAGCAGUCACUUCCCUGUUCUCCUGUGUUGUCUGUAUAAGGCUGUAGAUGGUUUUAGGGCAUUGCUCUAUUCCCCGUCUUUGGACUGACUGUCUGUAACAGUGUUUCUGUGGCAGUGCGAUGUCUAGACAAACAUUUCCCCCCCCCCACAAUCUAGCUCUUGCUCUCCGUCUCUGUGAAGAAUUCAAGAUGUUUCUUAACACUUAUUUUCCUCAACUCCCUAAGAAGUCCCGGUGGUGGUCCCUCGGCUCACGUCUGACUCUCUCAUGUUGUGACCACUGACUGAAGUGUUAGCCUAGCGUUCUUUCUCCUCCACCUGCCGCACAUAGAGCCACUCGGUACAGUGUCGAAGCGUCUUAUUUACAGAGAAUACUCACGUUAAAAAAAAAAGCAGAAUUUGUAUAUACAGUAUAAAUGCUCCUCACCAAAAUUCUGACUUGUAUGUUUUUUUUUAUGUUGUUAUGUUGAUUCUUUUUUCCAUGUUGCCAAGGUAUGUAUAUAUGCAGACCCAUGUACUGUUUAUGAGCAAAAACAAAGAUGACAAAGGGUAGGGAAUUAAAUGAAAAAAAAAAAAGAUUAACAAACAAAACAAUCAAGGCAAAACUGAUGUUGUUCAUGGAUAUUGUAGAUGAUGAUGAGGAUGAUGAUCAGCUUUAUCCAGCCAUAUGUUCAAUCUUACCUGUACAGUAGAUGACAGCUGUAUUAUUGUAACAAGAACUAGUCAUGUAUAGUGUAACUAUAGUUUGGAGUGCCUUUGCUUUCAUACACCUUCGCCUUGUUCUCCCCACCCCCCCUCCCCUCCUGAUUGUGACUCUCCCUUCGGUGCUGUUGAAUGUCCUGCACACACACAUUCUAAUCCCCUCCACUCACACAGCUCCCCCCUUCAUUGCACACUUAAUGUAAUAUACAGACAUUUUAAGGAUUUCUUUUCCUUGACUGAAGAUACAAGUAGAGGAGUGUUUAUUUUAAUAGAUGUUUUAUCUUGGACACACAUGCACGCACAAACCUGUAUACCACCAGUCCUGGCACGGGCUCCGGGGCAUGAAGUGGUUUGGGGGGGUCGUUGUGGAUGGCAGCAGGGGUUAAAAAGGCCUCAUUUACUGUAAAUAUACAGUACAGUUUCUGUAUUACUCACAGCGUUGGUUCCGUUACCAAAGCCAAACAAGAUGUAGUUGUGAUGAGCCAUCCUCAGGGGCAGUAAUGUAAUCUGUCUCUUUUUUUUUCUCUCUCUCUCUGGAUAUUUGGUUGUUCCUCUGUCCUCUUGCUUGUUCUCCUUCCUUUCUGCAUACUAGCAGGGGGGAUUCAGUAGCACCUAAGGGUUCGAGUCAUGUAGCCUCUCUCGUGUCUCCUGCUUGCUGUAAUUUUGCAUUCAUGAACGUGUUGCUACCCUCCACCAGAAAGUUUGACCUCCUCGCCCUAGCCCUAACUCCAGUUCAAUAAAACACCACAAAGGUUACCAAAAAAGAAGAUGAGCAAGUACUAGCAUAUAUACUAGUUUGAUAUGCGAACUGGGGUUAAAGAAAAGAAAAAUCAUAGAAAAUACAACAAACAUCCUGUAUUACAAUACUACUACUUGAAUGCCUCUGUUUGUGACUGACAUUUUAUUUCAUUUGUUUUGUUUUUUUCUUUUGUUCUGUGAAGGUAUGCUAAAUGUGCACCUCUGUAAAUACUCCCUCUGCGUGCUCUGAGGAAUAGUUCCCUGGUACUGUAAUUUGCAUUAAAUAAAGAGUAGGAUAGCCUGGAAAUGAUCAAG